GUUCGUAACAUAAACGUAUAGCAGACGAUUUAAAUAUGGCCGCUGAAUUUAAUUUCACGUGCCAAGAAACAGAAAAAAAUGAUUUUCUUCUGAUUUUUCAAUGAAGAGGUCUAUUAUCUCAUAAAAAUGUCUAAAGUUGCACACAGCAUAAAAGAUAAAGCAAGGACUGAUGAUGUUCAAAUAACUGAAAGUGUUGAUUUUGGCAGUUUAUUGCUGUCCGAUAACGUUUUGAAUGGUUUGAAAAAUUCUGGCUUUGUAAGACCGUCACCCAUACAGUUAAAAGCCAUUCCUCUCGGCAGAUGUGGGCUAGAUUUGAUAGUUCAAGCAAAGUCUGGAACUGGGAAAACUUGUGUCUUCUCUGUGAUAGCUUUAGAAAGUAUAGUAACAGAUACUGCUUCUACACAGGUGUUGGUGCUGGCACCCACGAGGGAGAUAGCUGUUCAAAUAUGGGAGGUGAUCAACAGUAUUGGAAGUGCUACAAAACAACUAGAGUGCCAUACUUUUAUUGGAGGUUUACCACUUCACGAGGAUAGAAUCAAACUGAAAAAAUGUCACAUUGCUGUUGGUACUCCAGGUCGUAUAAAGCAACUGAUAGAGGGUGGGGUAUUGCGGACAGAUAGCUUAAGGCUUUUUAUACUUGAUGAAGCUGACAAACUGUUGGAAGAAAGUUUCCAGGAACAAAUCAAUUGGAUUUAUUCGACACUACCGGAGAACAAGCAAAUGUUGGCCCUAUCAGCAACAUAUCCGGAGUACCUGGCCGAUCAUCUAACAGCCUACAUGAGAAACCCGACAUUCCUACGUCUUAACAUAUCAGAUCCUGCUCUAUUAGGUAUUCGACAGUAUUACAAGACAGUUGCCUAUCACCCUUUGUCACAUGUUGUGUUUGAAGAGAAAAGUAAAGAAUUAAUCAACAUCUUAUCUUCUGUCAGCUUUCAACAAUGUCUUGUCUUCUCUAAUCUUCAAACCAGAGCACAGACGUUAGCAGACUCUCUCACAAAACAAGGCUGGCCUACUGCAUGUAUAGCUGGAUGUUUAGAUCAGAAAGACAGGAAUCAUGCUAUGGCCAAACUUAAAACUUAUAAAUGUAGGAUUCUUAUAUCAACAGACUUGACAUCUAGAGGUAUUGAUGCUGACAAAGUUAACAUGGUUAUUAAUCUAGAUGUACCCAAGGAUCAUGAAACUUAUCUACAUAGAAUUGGACGUGCUGGAAGAUUUGGAUCAUUUGGUAUUGCUGUUACAUUAGUUAGUGAUGGACAGGAAAAGAUGAACUUAGAUACAAUAGAAAAACAGUGCAACACACAAAUAUACCCACUACCAGACCCGUUACCAAGUGAUUUAGCAAAGCCAGGCAGCCCUAUAUUUCUAGACGAUGUUGUGUCUUCAGAGGUUAUCAACACUGAUAAAUCAUCCAGUAAUCAAAGUAGUCCAAUAAAACUGAAACUGACUUGUCCAGCGAAAUCUUCAAAUCUUGACACAGAUUCUGAUAAAGACAACAAGAAUGAACAAAGAGAAGUAAAGUCAACUUGUAAUGAUAGUUCUAGUGAAGGUGAUAAAAGCAAAGACAAUUUAGAACUUGAGAAACAUGUUUUACCUAAGUUAGAAGCAAAGGAACAUUUAUUGGGUGGUUUAAAACGUGAAAAUGCAGAUACUACUGUAACAAAGUCUGAUGAGAAUAAAGAUCAGGACAAUGUAAAUAGAUUAGGUAAAGAUCAGAACAAAGUUGAUAGAUUACAUAGAGAUCAGAACAAUGUUGAUAGGUUAGAUAGAGAUCAGGAGAGUGAUGGAAGGACACCAGUAAGCUAUGAGGAUUUAGAAUACAUGGAGAUAACUGAGACACUACAGAUAAAUAUGAAAGCUGAAUUUGAAAGUUAUUCUGGGAAUAAAAAAUCUGAUGAAGAUGAAGAAAAAAUCAAAGAAAAUAAACCAUUUUUGAACAGUAAAAGAAAUAAAAGUGAUCUUACUUUAACUUCUGGAAAUUGUACAAAUAAACAAUCUGAUAAAGAUGAAGGUAAAAUUAACGAAAAGAAGCCAUUUUUGAACAGUAAAAGUGAUGUUAGUUUGACAACUGGAAAUUGUACAAAUAAAAAAUCUGCUAAAGAUGAAGUUAAAAUCAAAGGGAGGAAGCCAUUUUUGAAAAGUAGAAGAAACAAAAAGGAUGCUAGUUUGACAACGGAAAGUUUGAAAAAUGAUGAAGUAGAGACUGUAAAUGAAACUGAAAGUUUAUCAAGUCAUUCCAAAUUGACCCUAAAGACCAAUGUUAGUAAUGCUGUAACAGCAACAGAAAUUAAAUCACUGCCAAGUAAUGAAAUCAGCAAUUUUCAUUCUCUAAAUGGUAGUAAACUAUCUGCAUCAUCAUUUGAAAAGGUUAAUAUAUCCAAUGUAUUUAAGAACAACACUGGUUUUAAACCGUUAAGUAAAACUCAUUCAUAUAAAGCUGCUAGAGAAUCAUUGAAAAUGUUCAGAGAGAAAUAUGAUACUGACACGGAAACUGCAGAUAAAAGAGAGAAUUGCUCAGUACCAGUGAUGAAAAAUGACCUGGCAGAAUGUGAAACAUUGCUGCAUGCAAUAACUCAAGUACAGGACUUACUUGAAAACCGCCUUCAUAUACGUACACCUGAUGCAAAUACUGUUGAAACUCCUGAAGUGAAAUGUGAGAAGGUAUUAGAAGUUCAGAGUAUAAGCUCAGAAGAUGAAUUUGAAGCAAAAGAAGAAAUGUUGAAUACCAACAGUAGUUUUACUAGUACAAUACAGGUAGAAGACGCUUCAAAAAGUGCAGAAAUUACGGAAAACAAGUUUGUUGAACCUCAAGAGAAAGAAAUGGAAAAGCCAAAGAAGACAUUCAAGAAAAACAUCCAGAAACCCAGAAAACAGAGGUUUGGUUACCAAGGUAAUUUUGCAAUUGGACAUUUACUACAGCAAGAGAGAGAUCAGGAAUUAGAGUCAGAUAUUUCAAAUGAUAGGCCAGGUCAAGCAGUCACAAUUAUUCAAGGCAAGGUUGAGACGAUUAAAGAUGUAUCAAUCACUACUAGGUUACAGAAUAUUCCUGAUGAGGUUGUUUCUGAGAAUUUUGAAAGACCACCAGACCAUUUUUUAGGCAAUAUAAAUACAAGUGAUCAAAAAUCACCUCCAAAACAGAAUCUUGCAGGACUUGUUAAUGCGCCUGUAACUUCAUUGAGAAAUAAAGAAACACCAAGUAGUACAUUUUCUUUAAGGAAAGAGCCAGACAAAGUGGGUGAAGGCUUUAUGAGAGAAAAUAUUGUUGGUAUUAAUAUAGAAAGAAAUUUAGAGACUCACUCAGAUUCUGUGUCCUCUACAACAGAUUCCGAGUCAACUGACAGAGAAAUUGAUGCCAUACCUGAUGUGUACAGAAGAAUUAGAAAAUCUCCUGACAGUAGAUCUAGGGGAGCAGAUAGAGCUAGAAGUUCUAGAGAUCAUGCCAGGAGUGAUAGCAGGUCAGAGGAUAGUGGAGUUUACAGUAGACCUUCGUACCAGGAACAGUGGAAAAGAUGGUACAAACAGUACGAAGACUGGCAUAAACAAAAUAUGAACAUGUGCGGCUACCCAGGGGCGUUCGGAAACUCUGAACAUGAUUUGGCUGGCAAGAUGGGCGGUCAAGGUUACAGUUUUUCAGGCUGGCAGGAUCAGUCACAAUCUUUGUAUUAUCCCUACCAGAAUUAUCAUCCAAGUUAUCACCAGAAUUAUCAUCCAAGUUAUCACCAGAAUUAUCCAUAUGACUAUAGUAUGUAUCCCAGACACAAUCAUCUGUAUCAAAACCAAAAUAGUCUAACAUUAAAUGAACAAAUGACAGAUGCUUUUCAGUUCCAAGAAGAAUAUAUAAAAGAGAUGUCAAAGUGUAGAAAGAAGUAGUUUUGUUACAGCACUGAAGAAAGUGUGAAAAAGAAACAGUAAUUAGUGGAAGAUCUAUGUUUUGGCUUAAAUAUGAUAAUUAUGCCACUCACUGCUGUGGAUUUCAACCACAACAGGAAUUCUUUCAAGCUAUUCAGCUACCUUACCGAACAUCGAUGCUUCUUCUUAGGUGCUCGUUUGUGCCUUUAAUAAUGCACCGAAGGGCAUCUGAGAUCUUUCUCCACCAGUAGAGCUGGAAAGUUGCCAUGUGACCUUUACUGUUGGUGCGAUGUAAAAUCCAACAAACAAAAAAUAUAGUUAUGUAUUAACUAAGUUAUGUCUUAAUUAUGCAUUUUUUUUAUUUUUUUUUAAAUAUUCAGAUCAUUUGAAAUGAUAGAAACUUAUUAGAAUCUUUGGUCAUGAUCAAUGUUCAUUUGUGACUUUAUUUACAUUUGACUAUUUAUUUUACAAGUGAGAAAUAAAAGCUAAAAAUACUUUAA